AUGGGCCGCAUCGUUGCGAUUUCGGGCGAGACCAAGUUCAAGAACGGUCGUCAGCGCGAGGUGUGGUUCUUCACCAAGAUCGUUUCCACUUUGGCGCUGUCGCUGUUCUGCAUUGCCAUCAUCGUGUGGGGUGCGUGGUUGAGGAGGAGCUACCCCAGCUACGAGACGGCUAGCGAGGCGAUUGUCAACUCCAUUGGGUGCUUGACUGCCUUCGUACCACAAGGGUUGCCUGUUUGCGUUGCACUGUCCUUGAAGAUCGUUGCAAAACGCAUGGCUAAGCGCAACGUCCUCGUCAAAAGUCUCGCGACCAUCGAGACUCUGGGCUGCAUGUCGGUACUUUGCUCGGACAAGACAGGUACCCUCACUAUAGGCAAGAUGUCCGUGCAAAACGUCGCCUUCGUCGACGGCCAGUAUGGGGUGGAGACGAUCAUGGAGAAGCAUAGCUCUCCAGAGGACGACACCGCUCCCGCUGGUUUGAAGGCCCUGCACAUGAUUGCCCGCUUGUGCAACGGUGCGAAAUCCGAGACGGCCUCUAGUGACUUGCCUGUCGAGGAGCGGCUAGUCAAAGGCGACGCCACCGACACUGCCGUUCUUCGCUUCGCGGAGACUCUUAAGAUCCCCUCACUAGCUAUCGACGCUCCCACACUGCUUGCUACACGCGAUAAGACCUUCGAGAUCCCAUUCAACUCUCGCAACAAGUGGAUGCUCGCGGUCGUUCGCGAGAAUUGUCCUGCGGCUGUAGACGAACAGCGUCAGACGUGGAUGCUCGUCAAAGGCGGUCCGGACGUGCUAUUCCCUAUAUGCACGAGCGUCAUGCAUUCCGAUGGAUCUGUUGUGCAUCUCGACUCCGCCAUUCGUCGCAAACUGUUCGCGCUGCAGGAGGAAUGGAGCAGCCAGGGACAGCGUGUGCUUGCUCUGUGCCGUCGUUCGUUAUUGGACGUGAAGCUCAACGUGGAGAAGAUGUCCGCAAACGACGUCGAGGAGCUCAUGUAUGCCGAGCUGCAGCAGCUGACUCUGGUCGGACUCGUGGGGAUCCGUGACCCGCCGCGUGCGGAUGUGCCUGGAGCUGUUGCGACAAUUCGAAGAGCCGGUGUUCGGGUCUUCAUGGUAACUGGUGACUUCAAAUUGACGGCGCUCGCCAUUGCCAAGCAGGUUCGUACUAAUUCAUUUCAUGAAGCGACUGACACCGACUUCUCGAUCACAGGUUGGAAUUGUCACGCAAGAGAAGUUGAUGCCAUGGAACAAGUGCGGUCGGCUGACAUCGCUGCGCGGUUUGCCGGUCUUCCUGCUCCCUCCAUCAAACCGAGCGAAGACGAUCCUAUUCGUGCGGUCGUCCUCACCGGCGAUGAUAUCGAAAGGAUGCACUCCGAAGACUGGGAUGCUGUCAUCGGCAGCUACACCGAGAUGGUAUUCGCGCGGACCACCCCUGAGCAGAAGCUCGGCAUCGUGGAGGAGAUCAAGGCACGGGGAGAUAACACUGUAGCGGUCACAGGCGACGGUGUCAACGACGCUCCUGCGUUGAAGGCGAGCGAUAUCGGUGUCGCGAUGGGCAGCGGCAGUGAUGUCGCUAAGGAAGCUGCGGCCAUGGUCUUGUUGAACAACGGUCUCUCAUCGAUCGUCGUGGCCAUCGAGAUGGGCCGUCUCGUCUUUGAUAACCUGAAGAAGGUCAUGAUCUACUUGAUGCCGGCUGGCACGUACACCGAGUUCAUCACCGUCUUCGCAAACGUUUUCCUCGGAAUGCAACUUGCUCUGAGCUCGUAUUUGCAACCCGAGGCUGAUUUGAUGCACCGCAAGCCGCGUAACGCCCGUACAGACCGUUUGACAGACUGGAGGUUCUUCUUCCAGAUCUACCUCUUCAUCGGCUUGAUGAUGUGGCCGUGCGCUAUGAGUAUGUGGUUCCUAUACAUGGAUCGACAGGGCCUCAGCUUCUAUGAUGUGAUUCUGGUCUACGAUAAAUGGACCGACGGAUACAAGGGUUACACCAUCGCGGAACUCACACAUUUCGUUUCUGUAGGCCAAUGCAUUUACUACGUGACGAUGGUAUUCAUGCAAUACGGUGGUUUACUUUCGGUUCGGAAUCGCCGCGUUUCCCUCCUGCAGUCCAACCCUAUUUGGGGCCCUCGACGAAAUCUUGUCGUUCCAUUGGGGAUGAUCGGCACAGCGCUUAUUGCAGUCGUCAAUCUCUAUGGUCCUGGCCUCGAAGAUGUCUUCGACACAACGCCGAUCUCAGGAAUGUUAUGGGGAAUCCCAUGCGCUUUCGCUCUCGGGAUUCUGAUCAUGGAGGAACUCAGAAAACUAAUCGUUCGUACAUAUCCGAAGUCUGUAAUCGCCAAGAUGGCGUGGUGA